AAUCUCGUCGCACCGACAGCGCACACAAAAUGUGUUUUUCUUUAAGUGUGCGAUUCACACAUCCGAAAUGAGAGCAAAGGAAAUGUUAUUGUAGUGCACAAGAGAAAUUGGAGAGUGUGUGCAUAACGGUAAUAGCAUCGAAUUCGCAUUGUGAAUCGCAUCGAAUUCCGGUGUUUUAGUUGAAACAUUGUCUGCUUGCGGAUAGAGGGUUUUAUACACACAACGUGAUUUUUUCGGAACAUUUUUUUUAGAUAGAUUAAUUUGAAUCAACGUUUGAGAGCAAUAAAUCGACCAAGUUUUAUGUAAAUUGAUUUUUUUAUUUUUUUUUUUUUGUAAAUUGAGCAGUGCAUUUAUCAGAAGGUGCAUUGUAUGAGGUAAGAAUAAAACUGGCUGUAUAGAGCAAAAGGUGUACAUAUUGAACAAAAUGAGUGUAACUAUAAAAGAGGUGCCAAUCAGUGAUUUGGGCACGGCGAUCUUAUAUACGACAAAUGAAAUUAAUGAGACGCAAAGCAUACCGGUGGAAACUACAAAUGAAAUGCAAGUGGUAUCAACAUCAAUAACAACAACAACAGCUACGAAUACGGUGCAUACAACAAAAACUGUGUAUACGAUGAACUCAACAAAAACGAGCACAUUGGUCACAACUACAGUGCCGAUGGUACCUGCGCCAGUUUUUGUCAUCAAAAAAGGUUCCAUUCAUACAACGACCACACAAUCACUUGUAAGUACAAUUCAGUCGAAAAUUGGAUCACUUUUAAAGAGAAACACCAUAUCAAUGCCGCCAUCAUUGAUACACCAAUCGAUGGAACAAAAGCAGCGAAAAAUCCCAAAAUUGUUACCAUUAAAAAAUAGUGAAAGGUUGUUGAAAUCAUUUGAAAAUGAUAAAAGCCCAACCGGCGACCCAUUGGAGUCGGUAACGCCAUCUGGCGUCAUUUCAACGUCCGUCACUCAUGCUAAUCGUUCAUUAGUUUAUCGAGAGCCAGUGACAACAAAAGACACCGCUUCAAUUACAAAUGACCAUGAACACAAACUCAUCGGUCAUAUAUUCGAUAAUUCAACAAUUCAAGCUGCACAAACAAGCAAUUUAACGAGCAACGAUAAAACGGUGUCCAUUAAAAGUCAAAAAACGGUUGAAUCAUUGUUGAAAAUAAGUGCUCAGUCACAAGUGCUUAACGAAUCGACGGUAAAAGUGGCGAAAAACCUUCAACUUUCAAAAUCAAUUUUAAGAAAGAACCGCAUCUAUUUUAGCGACGAACAUUCAGAAAAGGACUCGUCAAUCGCAUCCUUUGCAAAUCCUCACACAUUGACUAUCGACAAUAAUUUGUUGGAGGUGAUAAAUUUAGACGAAAUGGAAACGUCAUCGAUUCCAAAAGCGCCUGCACAAAAGCGAAGCCGUGCAAAAAGUGCAUACAUGACGGAUGCAAUGCUCGACGAUCUUGGCAUAACGUCACAACGGGGUCGUGCCAAAAGUGAUGAUAACAAAGAGUAUGACAUUUACAAUGUGGAUAUGUUGCCCGAAACAUGCGAUCGGCCAUCGGAGCCAAAAGUUUAUCGCAGUCAACAACAACGUGACCAUGAUGCGCUCUACAAUUUGAUCUUGUCGGAAAAACAACGUAAACAAAAUGUUGAACAAAAAUCGAAUAUAAAAGCGAUUAAUAUUGGCGACGGUAGUAAAAGUAUCCAAAUUUCGAAUGGUCAACUGUCGGAUAUAACGGGGCCAAUUCGUUUGCUUGAUAAAUCAACCAAACAAAUCGGCACAUUGCCUCGUGUUAUACAAAUUUCACGAACCAUUCAAAGUCAAAAUGCGGCAAUUGCCUCGUUGCCAAAGGUGGAGAAAAAACGCAAACUCUUGGAAUCGAUUGAAGCAAGCGAAAGAUUGAUGAAUUUAGUGGAAAAUGAUAAAUCGAAUAAUAUGGAAGGAUAUCGACGUACAUAUAGUCGAUCGAAAUCGGUUAGCACCAAAUCGAAGUUACAUUUUAAGGUCGGUGCCGGUCUGGGUAAAUUGAAGAAAGGAAAAUUUCCAACAAUGAAACAUAAUCAAGAUUGGCAAUCAUUGAGUACAUUUGUUGUAACAACAAAUACAUCAAAAUCACCAGAUGCACAGUCAAGCGGUACGGCCACACCGCAUGGUGUAAGCAGUGACAAUUCACGGGCCACAUCACCAACCGAAAUUGAACAUUGUUUAUCGUGGAACACGUCAAAAUCAUUGGCUCGCCUGUUUAGCACUGAGGUUAUUUUGCAACGCAAUGAAUUUGGUACGAUGGAAAUAGAUCCGUUGUCGAUGAGCAAAAUAAAAGCGAUGAGAGAAGAUAAGAAAGAAUUUCCACGAUUUGAUCCAUCGAUGGCUUGCGGACAUCCCGAAUUUGCUGGAUGUUUUAAUGCAAUUAUUCAACGAUUGAAUGGAACCACACCCAAUCCGAAUUGCCGUAUUAACGACAAAAAUCCACAUCAAUACUAUUCAACCGAAUUUAAGGAAAUCAUUGGCGCUCUGGUUCAGAAGAAAAAUAACAAUUGUCAAGCAAUUACGUUACAAGAUAUUAAACAAGCAUUACAAGAAACAAACAUGCAUGAUCGCACCAAAAAUUCAAGCCUCUUUAGUUGGUCACGUUUUAUUGAUUACUAUAAUACAAAAUGUAAGGAAAAUGAACGCAUCAAAUUGGCACCGGCUGAAUUAUUCGUGAAUAAAAUACCAACGACACAAAAUACAUUUGAAAUUGGACAGAAAUUGGAAGCGAUCGAUCCACAGAAUAAUAGUUUGUUUUGUGUUUGUACCAUCAUUCAAAAGUGUGGCUAUCGCAUUAAAUUGAGAUUUGAUGGAUAUCCACCGAUUUAUGAUUUUUGGGUGAAUGCCGAUUCGGGAAACAUUUUUCCAGCCGGAUGGUGCAACAAAACUGGUCGCGAACUUGAAGUGAAGAGCCGAUUUAUGAACAAAAGAAAUCAGAAUUUUGAGUGGAAAGAAUAUUUAAGGCAUACAAAUACACAAGCCGCACAUCAUGCUUGUUUCCCCAACUUAAAUACAGCGCGCACACAAAUGAAUCCAUUCAAAAUUGGAAUGAAACUUGAAGCUGAGGAUACAAAAAAUACGAAUCGACUUUGUGUGGCCACAAUUGGUGAUGUGAUUGAUAGCCGUGUGUUGGUAACAUUGGAUGGAUUUGAUAGUUGUUUUAACUAUUGGACUGAUAUCAGAUCGCCGUACAUUCAUCCAAUCAAUUUCCACCAGGAAGGUGGAUGGUCAAUUACAAGUCCACCAAAUUGGCGAAUGUCACCAUUUUCAUGGGAGACAUACUUGCGGAUGAAUCGUGCCGAGUCGGUGCCAAAAUUUGCGUUCCAUACACGUAAGCCAAAACCAUUUUCAGUCGGUAUGGCAUUAGAAGUGGUCGACAAAAAGAAUCCGUCAUUAAUACGUCCUGCGAUAAUAACAAACAUCGACGAAUAUCAUAUAAAGGUGCUGUUUAUUGGAUGGCCGGAAAAAUAUGCAUAUUGGAUUGAAGAUGACAGCACUGACAUUUAUCCUCCGAACUUUUGUCAAAAAACUGGCCACCCCAUCGAAUGCCCGCUCGACGAUUAUAUUUACGAGAUAGCGAAAAAUUCUUGCGGAACUAAGGGCUGUCGUGGUAUUGGCAAUGGAAAACAACUGGAUACAAAUACCCAUUCAACAUUGGACGAAUGUCCAUAUGAAACGAUUAAUUGGUCUUCAGAAGAGAAUCGUCCGAAUCGUAUUGAUCGCAAGCACAAAUCGAUUAACAAUGCGUUCAACAUUGGUGCCGGUCCAUCUCACAAGGUUUCCGUAAAUCCAGCAUUCGAACAGGUUCAAGUAUCGUUGCAAAAAACACUCAAUCCCGCCGAAUUGGCCGCAAUGUCCAGCAAAGAUGUUGAGAUAUUCCGUCGCUUGCAAGUGUCGUCGCAAUUUUUGCUCGAGAAUCGUAAAACCUUAUCGGAUAUGCGUGAUCAAUGGAUUGAACGUGUCAAACCAUUACAAAUGGUUCAAGUAUUGGCUGCUAAAAAGAAUCCCCUCAACUGGAGCAUCGACGAAGUUGUAACGUUUGUAUCAAAUUUGCCAAAUUGCUCAUCGCUUGGCCCAAAGUUCAUUGAAAAUGAAAUCGAUGGUUUAGCAUUCCUAUCAUUGCGACAAAGCGACAUGAUCGAUAUUAUGGGCUUGACCGUUGGAUCAGCCAUCAAAAUAUUCAAUCGCAUCGUUUUACUUCGCGAAGAAUGCAACACCCAUUAUAUUCGCUAUUCUUAAACAACUUUCAAUCACUUUUAUUUACUACAUCAUUUUUUUUAGACAUUAAGUAUUAAUCGGCCAAAUGUUUUACUUAUUGUGUAAGCAAAAAAAAAUUUCUUUGGCAUUCACUUUUUAUUA